AUGCCUGGAUCUGUUCACUCCCAAGAUCUGGACCAGUCCAUGGUCGAUGCAGAGCAGCCUGUCGAGCCCCAGUCCAACGACCCAAUCCUUGAGGAGAGACAAAUUGUCGUCCUCCCUGGCGCCACCGAAACUGCCGCUUCAUUCCAGUUCGAAGGCGAAGGCCACACCAUGGGCAAUGCGCUGCGGUACGCAAUCAUGAAGAACCCUGCCGUUGAGUUCUGCGGUUACACCAUUCCCCACCCCUCGGAUCCGAAGAUGAACGUCCGUAUCCAGACUAACGGUAUGUCCCGCUACUUUCUUGUUGUCCGGAAUGGUAGGAUGUUUACUGACUGCUUGGCUUUAGAUACUACUACUGCUCUCGAGGCUCUGGAGAAGGGGUUCAAUGAUUUGAUGGACCUGUGCGAUGUCGUAACGGAGAAGUUCACUGCUUCGCGUGAUCAAUUCAAUGCGGAGAGUGGUAACCGUAUGGAGGCAUGA